ACCACUACUUCCGGGUUUCGGCAGUCUGGUCCAUAUCCACUCCUCAGUCGCGUUUCCCAACUACUCGCACCCAUUGUACACAAACCAACGAGGAGUUGGCGACUGAGCACAGCAUCGAUCGAGGGCUGCUCCUUUAAGAAAGACUAAGCCUGAAUUAUCACCCCACCUCCUCCUGAUCUCCUUUACAGGGCUUUUGCGUUUUAAAAAAUCAACCCAGGAGCCGAGAGUGAUCAAAAGAAAAACGAGUGAGCUGAAUGUUUUGUGUGCAUUUGACUAUUCACAUUAGGUGUGCUAACCCGUGGAAGCGCGGCGCGGAUCAUCAUUCAUUCCGGGCUACUUUGACAAGCCUCGGCGUUUGAUUGACAGGCGUGGUGGCAAAAAGCCAUGAGACUUCGCUAGUUUUGUUUUGAGGGGUAUUUUCAUACUGUUUUUUUUUUGAAAAUAAGACUGGGGUUUCUCUCCCUAUGCCACUGCCCUGGGGAUAGCUCAGGCCCUAUUCGCGGUUGCUUUGGACUGAACUUGAGCUGAAGAGGGCUGGCUUGAAUUCAUCGUUGCAUUUCUCUUGCAAGAAAUACGGAUUCUUGAAAGAUCUCGCAUUUGGAAUUUGCGUUUUUAUUUGUUCUUCACCCUGGCCUCUUAGGGGAUAUAUCCGAAGCGAAAGGAGAGAAGAAGAGAGGGACUAGAGGAGGGAUAUGGCGCAGCGGUACGAAGACUUGCCCCACUACGGGAUGGACGGGGUGGGUAUCCCCACCACCAUGUACGGCGACCCGCACGGUGCCCGCUCCAUGCAGGCCGUCCACCUCAACCACGGCCCCCAGCUACACUCACACCAGUACCCGCACACAGCCCACAGCAACGCCAUGCCGCCUAGCAUGGGCUCGUCCGUCAACGACGCCCUGAAGAGAGAUAAAGACCAGAUAUAUGGGCACCCCCUGUUCCCCCUGCUUGCACUGAUUUUUGAGAAAUGUGAAUUAGCGACUUGCACGCCCAGAGAGCCUGGGGUCGCGGGAGGAGACGUUUGUUCAUCGGAAUCUUUCAAUGAAGAUAUAGCAGUGUUUGCAAAACAGAUUCGGGCAGAAAAGCCGUUAUUUUCAUCGAAUCCAGAACUGGAUAACCUGAUGAUUCAAGCCAUUCAAGUUUUACGGUUUCAUCUUCUGGAGUUGGAAAAGGUACACGAACUAUGUGACAAUUUCUGUCACCGGUACAUCAGCUGUCUGAAAGGAAAGAUGCCCAUCGACUUGGUGAUCGACGACAGAGAGGGCGGAUCAAAAUCGGACAACGAGGAAAUAACAAGAUCAUCCGGGCCUCUUGAUCAGACUUCCUGGAACAGAGAGCACGAUGACACAGCAUCCACGCGCUCCGGAGGCACACCUGGUCCGUCAAGCGGGGGACACACAUCACACAGCGGGGACAACAGCAGCGAACAAGGUAAGAAACACAUCACACAGCGGGGACAACAUCAGAGAACAGGGUAAGAAACACGGGACACAGCGGGGACAACAGCAGAGAACAGGGUAAGACACACGGGACACAGCGGGGACAACAGCAGAGAACAGGGUAAGACACACGGGACACAGCGGGGACAACAGCAGAGAACAGGGUAAGACACACAGCGGGGACAACAGCAGAGAACAGGGUAAGACACACGGGACACAGCGGGGACAACAGCAGAGAACAGGGUAAGACACACGGGACACAGCGGGGACAACAGCAGAGAACAGGGUAAGACACACGGGACACAGCGGGGACAACAGCAGCGAACAGGGUAAGACACACAGCGGGGACAACAGCAGAGAACAGGGUAAGACACACGGGACACAGCGGGGACAACAGCAGAGAACAGGGUAAGACACACGGGACACAGCGGGGACAACAGCAGAGAACAGGGUAAGACACACAGCGGGGACAACAGCAGAGAACAGGGUAAGACACACGUCACACAGCGGGGACAACAGCAGAGAACAGGGUAAGACACACGGGACACAGCGGGGACAACAGCAGAGAACAGGGUAAGACACACGGGACACAGCGGGGACAACAGCAGAGAACAGGGUAAGACACACGGGACACAGCGGGGACAACAGCAGCGAACAGGGUAAGACACACAGUGGGGACAACAGCAGAGAACAGGGUAAGACACACAGGACACAGCGGGGACAACAGCAGAGAACAGGGUAAGACACACGGGACACAGCGGGGACAACAGCAGAGAACAGGGUAAGACACACGGGACACAGCGGGGACAACAGCAGAGAACAGGGUAAGACACACGGGACACAGCAGGGACAACAGCAGAGAACAGGGUAAGACACACAGCGGGGACAACAGCAGAGAACAGGGUAAGACACACGUCACACAGCGGGGACAACAGCAGAGAACAGGGUAAGACACACGGGACACAGCGGGGACAACAGCAGAGAACAGGGUAAGACACACGGGACACAGCGGGGACAACAGCAGAGAACAGGGUAAGACACACAGUGACGGCUAAAUAGCUACAUUUUGUUAGCUUUAUUAAUAGUAUGUGGAAUGGACAGUGUAUGUGCAGUCUGUACACAGUGCACUAUGGGUAGUAUUCUGUAAUAUGAAUGGUUUACAUGCUAGUCAUCAAUGGACAAAACUGGGACACAUGCUGAAGUAGUAGUGAUACUUGGUUGAUUGAUUGGUUAAUUGAUUGAUUGGUU